AUGGUACUUAGCGAGAAAGUAGACAAAAAUGUCAGAUUGGACCGACACUCUGGCACUGGAACGAGAGGUCUUCCAAAGAAGAAUGGUCAUGGAAAGUAUGGCUGGGGAAGAGAGGGUGAGGUCUAUAAUGACCAAGUUAACGUACAAGAAGAGGAUAAGUGA